GGCAUUCUGAUUUGCAUUUAUUCCAAGGAAGUAAUGUAAUGUUUGCUUGGGAAGGGCACCUCAUGGUUGACAUACCUACAUAUUUGCAAUGUUUGUUCUCGUCACGUUUGCUGUUCACGUCAAGCUCGAAGUAAAUUUAUGCAUGUAUAUUUUUGUGAUUUAUAUAUACAUGUUACGCACUUAUUCCAUAUAUUAAUUAGUAAUAUAUACAUACGUAAGUCCAUUUUCAAUGGCCUCGUGAUGUUUCUCCAUUUCCGCAGACAUGGCCAGCCUAUCACCUCAAGCUCCAUCGCCCCAAAUAAAUGAAAGCUAUAUAUCAAGGAAUUAGGCAUGUCAAACUGAGAUUGGAUCUUCUCUCAGCCUCAGCGAUUAGUAUAAUACAGCUGCAUGCAUGAGAAAAAAAGCAAACUAGCUAGAGAGGGAAGCUUACAUCCUGAGACCAUACGAGAUCAUGACCAACAUGAGAUCACUAUUAGUUGCAUCUACAAUUCUCUUCUUCUUCUUCUCCUCUUCUUGCUCCUUCGUGUUGUCAAGUAACGAGCCUGCUAGUGGCAGCGGCAGGGACAUAAGCUGGUGGUGCAACACGACGCCCCAUCCCGAGCCAUGCAACUACUUCAUGGAACAUCGAAGCCCACACAGUUCCCCACCAAGAGAUCGUACCAAUUUCCGCCACAUGAUGGUGCAGGGAACCCUUAACCAAGCGUUCAACUCGCAUAUGCAGGUACAACAACUGGGAUCAAAGUGCAACAACAGUAGUCAGGAAAAGUCCAUCUGGUCGGAUUGCUGCAAGCUAUACGAGGACACCAUCUUCCAGCUCAACCGGACCCUUGAAGGCAUAGACAGUAGCAACCAAGGAAUAAACUGCUCCAACUUUGAUGUCCAAACUUGGCUCAGCACUGCACUCACGAACAUCGAGAUGUGUCAGCUAGGGUUUCAAGACCUAAACCUCACCGACUUCAUAUCCCCUGAGACGUCUAGCAAUAACUUGUCCCAGCUUAUUAGCAAUAGUUUGGCCAUCAAUGGGGGAAUGCUGACGUCGCCAGAAGAGACAGGUGCAAACACAACCGGAAGUGACGAGUUCCCAAGCUGGUUCUCAGUUCAUGACAGGAAGCUGUUGCAAUCUUCUGUAGUGAAGGCCAACAUCGUGGUGGCUAAAGACGGAUCAGGAAACUACCGAACCGUUCAGGCGGCUAUUAACGUGGCAGCGAAGAGGAGAUCGAAGAGUGCUAGAUUCGUGAUAUAUGUGAAGAGAGGAGUUUACACGGAGAACAUAGAGGUGGGAAUUGGCAACGAUAAUAUAAUGAUGAUUGGGGAUGGAAUGAGAAAAACUGUAAUCACCGGGAGCCGAAGUGUUGGUGGAGGCUACACUACCUAUAGUUCUGCAACCGCUGGAAUCGAUGGCCUGAAGUUCAUUGCUCGGGGCAUUACAUUCAGGAACACAGCCGGCCCACGUAAGGGACAGGCAGUUGCACUUAGGUCGGCCUCCGAUCUAUCCGUGUUCUACCGAUGUGCCUUUGUGGGGUACCAAGAUACCCUCUUCGUCCUCUCACAGCGACAGUUCUACAAGCAGUCUUACAUCUACGGCACCAUUGACUUCAUCUUUGGUAAUGCAGCGGUUGUCUUCCAGAGCUGCAUCAUCUAUGCUAGGUUACCUACACACGGCCAAGCAAACGUGAUAACCGCGCAAGGUCGAAACGACCCUUAUCAGAACACCGGAAUCUCUUUCCACAGUUGCCAAAUCCUAGCUGCUCCGGACUUGUCACCUUCAAUCAAAACCGUCAAGACAUACCUAGGAAGGCCAUGGAUGCAGUACUCGAGGACGGUGUACAUGAAGAGCUAUCUUGGGGCUUUAGUGAGUCCUCUCGGUUGGUCCACAUGGGAUGGCUCUAAAUAUGCCCUUAACACAUUGUACUACGGAGAGUACAAAAAUUAUGGGCCGGCUGCAUCGACCAGAUACAGAGUGAAGUGGAAAGGCUACCAUGUCAUAACAAGCACAAGUGAAGCUUCACGCUUCACUGUGGGCACCUUCAUAGCUGGCAAGUCCUGGCUUCCCGCAACAGGCGUGCCAUUUACUGCAGGAAUCUGAUCCCAUAUAUGUUAGACCUGAAGAAUUCAAUUUAUUAACAAUAUUCUUUUCCAAUGAAAUCAUGACAUACUAUUUUUCA